UUAUAUAUUUCACACAUUGUCAUUACUUGAUCCCCUAACAUUUUCCUUCUCCUCCCAACACUUUCUUUCAUUUUCUAGGGAAACACAAACAGAACCCAUCCAGUUUUCUCUGCCCACCCCCUCCCUUGAAUGGGAACAACUGCAAUUCUUCUCUUGAAUUUAAUUUAGGUUUGAAUUGAAGAGAUCGAUGGAGGGUGGAAUACAUGCAGGGAGUAGUGAUGUGUCUGCUUUCAGAGAUUGCUUCUCGUUGGCUUGGAGGAAUCCGUAUGUUCUUCGCCUUGCUUUCUCUGCUGGGAUUGGUGGUCUCCUCUUUGGUUACGACACAGGAGUCAUAUCUGGUGCUCUGCUGUACAUUCGGGAUGAUUUCGAGGCUGUGGAUAAAAAAACAGUCUUGCAGGAGACUAUUGUGAGCAUGGCAGUGGCUGGGGCAAUCAUAGGAGCAGCAAUUGGUGGAUGGAUGAACGAUAAGUUUGGAAGGAGAACUGCAAUCCUGUCUGCAGAUGUCCUGUUUUUCAUUGGAGCUAUUAUCAUGGCUGCUGCACCUGACCCGGCUGUUCUCAUAGUUGGCCGAAUUUUCGUUGGACUUGGUGUCGGAAUGGCGUCAAUGACAUCGCCUCUGUACAUCUCUGAAGCCUCUCCUACCAAAAUCCGAGGUGCCCUUGUCAGCACCAACGGUUUUCUCAUUACCGGUGGCCAGUUCUUGUCUUACCUGAUCAAUUUGGCCUUCACCAAGGCACCAGGUACAUGGCGGUGGAUGCUUGGCGUUGCAGGAAUUCCGGCUCUGGUGCAGUUCACUUUGAUGCUUCUACUCCCAGAAUCACCCCGCUGGCUCUUCCGCAAGGGAAGGGAAGAAGAAGCUAAGGCCAUAUUGAGGAAAAUAUACCCAGAAAACGAGGUUGAAAGAGAGAUCCGAGACCUAAAGGAAUCAGUCGAAACAGAAAUACGAGAAGAAGGAUCGUCUGAGAAAAUCAAUGUUGUCAAGCUAUUGAAAACUAAAACAGUUAGAAGGGGACUUGUAGCCGGAGUUGGUCUUCAAGUUUUCCAGCAAUUUGUGGGCAUAAAUACAGUGAUGUAUUACAGCCCAACCAUAGUUCAGUUGGCUGGCUUUGCAUCUAAUCAAACAGCCUUGCUUCUUUCACUCGUCACUUCAGGGCUUAAUGCCAUUGGUUCCAUCGUAAGCAUAUAUUUCAUCGACAGGACGGGGAGGAAGAAGCUUUUAAUCAUCAGUUUGUUCGGUGUGAUAUUGUCACUAGGGUUUUUAUCAGCAGUCUUCCAUGAGACGACAUCUCACUCACCAGCAGUUAGUGGGACGGAAACCUCUCACUUAGCUUACACCUGCCCGGAUUACAGUUCAGCUGAAAAUGCUGCCUCUUGGGACUGUAUGAAGUGUUUGAAGGCUUCAUCUCCAGAUUGCGGAUUCUGUGCUUCAGCCGCUGAUAAGUUACUGCCUGGGGCUUGCUGGAUAUCAAAUGGCACAGUGAAGGAUAGCUGCCAUGGAGAAGGCAGGCUAUGGUACACAAGGGGUUGUCCGAGCAAAUAUGGAUGGCUCGCACUAAUUGGCCUUGCACUCUACAUCAUAUUCUUCUCUCCUGGAAUGGGAACCAUACCUUGGAUUGUCAAUUCCGAGAUCUACCCUUUAAGAUUUCGAGGUGUAUGCGGAGGAAUAGCCGCCACAGCAAACUGGAUUUCAAACCUUAUCGUCGCACAAUCCUUCCUAUCGCUGGCUAAUGGAAUUGGGACUUCCUGGACCUUCCUGAUAUUUGGAGUCAUUUCUGUUGUAGCUUUGAUAUUUGUCCUAAUCUGUGUGCCAGAGACGAAAGGCCUGCCAAUUGAAGAGAUUGAGAAGAUGUUGGAGCAUAGAUCUCUGCAUUUCAAGUUCUGGGAGAAAAGAUCAGAACCAGCAGAAAAGAGCCAAGCUGUGUGAAAAGUAGAAAGAACAUGUAUUGAAAUUGGAAUAGGGAAUCUGGAAAUCAGGGAAACUGUAUUUGCAGGAGGAAAUUAAUUAAAACAUGUUAAUCUAGCUUGUGACUGUGGUGCCAUCUUCACCAUGGAAAUGUAUCUGGCUACUUUUAGCCUGCCAAAGAAUAAUGCAAAACCUAUGAAGUUAUAACAUUUGUGUUCAAUUGCACCGCUA